AUGCCUCCAGACCAAUCUGAGGAUGUCGCUGUUCAACAACCUCUCCUCUCGGAUCGUGACGAGAAUGUCUCAACCGACGCGUCGCGAGAUACUCAGACCCGAGGAACCUUUACUCGUAACCUCGGCGCUGCUGAAGCCUUUGGUAUCGUCGUAAGCAUUGUCAUCGGAAGUGGUGUUUUCACGUCUCCUGGCUCAAUCGACACAAAUGUUCCAUCACCCGGUAUCGCUCUGGCGAUUUGGCUCAUCGGAGGUAUCUUGGCUUGGACUGGAGCCACCACGUUUGCUGAGCUCGGUACCGCUAUCCCAGGUGAAGGCGGAGUCCAGCCAUAUCUUCAACAUAUCUACGGUGAGAUAUGGGGCUUCCUAGCAGCCUGGACAUGGAUCGUCGCCGUCAUGCCCGCGACUCUCGCAAUUCUCAGUAUCGUCUUUGUCGAGAGCGCUUACUCAGCUGCAGGCGUCAUUAACGAAGACGACCGACUAGAGCAUAAGCUUCUUUCUAUCCUUGUGCUAGUUGUUAUGAGCGUUGCAAACUCCAUCAGCACAAAAGCCAGCACGCGUCUCAAUGGCUUUUUUGUUGUCCUCAAAUUUCUAAGUAUCAUUGUUGUGGUAGUCGCUGCUCUUGCUGUAGUAGGCGUUCACGUUGCGCAUCCCAGUAAGGAAGUUGGUGGAGGUGAUUGGUACAAGAAAUCGUGGUUCAAGUAUCGUGACACAUACAAUCCUAAUGGACCGGACACGGAUUGGGGUAAGCUUAGCCAGUGGGAGAUCUUUGGCCAUUACUCUGCGGCCUUGUAUGCAGCUUUGUGGGCGUACUCAGGUUGGGACAAGGCUAUUUAUGUAUCUGCUGAGCUCUCGCAACCCGCCAAGCAACUUCCUCUUGCUAUCAAUACUUCCAUUCCAACAGCCAUUAUCUGCUUCCUGGCUGCCAACGCUGGUUACUACGUUCUUCUGCCAUGGAACGUCGUCAGCACGACAGAUAGCGUAGCAGUGACGGCCAUAACACGACUUUUGGGCCAAGGCUUUGGUAUUGUUACCGCCAUUCUCAUUUGUUUAGUCGUUGCAGGCUCUCUGCUUGGCAACUCCUUCGUCGCGAGUCGAAUGUGCGUUGCUGCAGCGAGAAAGGACUGGAUACCGAGUCUUUUCACCAUCGUUGGAAGGGUCGGCCUAAAACCCGCCGAAGCAGAAACUGCUGCAUCUGAUGAGCCAGCCAAAGAUUCGGGUGAUGCGCCGAUCAACGCCGUUAUCCUUUCAGUUAUUCUUGCCAGCUUCUACAUCCUCUUUGGCAGUUUUAGAGCACUCUUGACUCUCAAUGGUCUUGGUGAAUACUCUUUCUUCUUCCUCACCGUUCUCGGAGCAAUUAUUCUCCGUUAUCGCGAGCCUGACCUGGAGCGUCCAUACAAGACCUUUUCCAUCAACCCUAUUGUCUUUGUCAUUGUUAGCGGAUUCGUCGUUGUUAGAGGCGCUAUCUUUGCGCCAGUGCAGGCCCUAGUUAUUAUUGCCAUCUGGGUCUUGGGUCUGGUUUUCUACAAGGCUCGUCAGUAUUGGGUUUCAAGGUAG